GAAAGGCGGGGUCUCAACUACCAGGUCACUAGGGAAGUCCCGUGUUUAUUGCAUGUUUACUAGAACAUUUUUAAAGCAUUUUAUCUAAGUUUCUAUCCCUUUAAUAGGAUUUAAUUUCCAGCCACCUAAAACAGUGGUCUUUUAGACUAUGGAAACUUUCAAACUUUGGAGAGUGGGGCUCUGAAUUCUACAAGCAUGCUGUUGUUUUAAAGGGAAGGGCUUGAGUUUAUUGUUUUCUUACUAGAGAAAAUAAUACAGGAAAUUUCUUUUUUGAAAAGAUAGGCAUAAGAUCUACAAAAAAACUGGGAGGAGGGACAAGUUAUCACUAUGUUGAAAGGAGAUUAGUAGCAAUUGUUCCUUUCAAUCUCAUUUUAGGAAAAACUGUUGUUCAUUCAUUCUCUAUUUCUUUAUUCUCAGCUACUAGGAAAUCUUCCUUGAUGAGUUUUUCUCCUCACAGUUCGUUUCCAAAGAUGCCUAGGAAGCAUCCACCACUAAAUACUAUAUUAAGAUAAUCCUUUUAAGAAGAAAAAUACUUAUCUUCCUUCCAUUUGCAGAAAGAAAGCAGCCCAGUAAGAAUCAAAAAAGGACGUGGAGAAAAAAUCUGCCUGAUUUGUGUGGCCUGUGGUUGGAAGAUCAACACAGUUUCUAGAGAGCUAGAAUCCAGAAGAGCUUCUUACAUGGAUUAAAGGAAGGAUUGCCUCCAUGAAAGUUCAGACUAAUCCAGCAGCGUCUCUCAACAAUUUUGUAUUGUAUUGAAUAUUGUUCUUCAUCAACCAGAAACAUAGAAUUGCACACUGCAAGACUUCGGAAAUAACUCAACUGCUGAAUCUUGAGAGUGACGUAGCUGAAGAUUCUGCUGAGGUGCCUGAACUGCUGGGACCAUUUAAGUAUCCCAAAGACCUAGAAAUGGCGAUGCCUGAAAGUCAAGAUGACUGGUCCAAGGAAGACAUUGUGCAGUUACUGGAAUGUAUGGAGAAAAACAUUCCAUCCAACGACAGGCACACAUUCAAAGCGACCCAGUCAGUGAUGGACUGGGGUAAAGUAGCUUUUAAAGAUUUUUCUGGGGAAAUGUGCAAACUCAAAUGGUUAGAGAUUUCCUAUAACUUGAGAAAGUUUCACACUUUGAAAGAAUUAAUCUUGGAGGCUAAGGAAAACGUUAACAAUUCCAAAAGAAAAAAACACAAGAAACAUCCUGAUUUACCCAAGAAGCCCCUGACAGCUUACCUCCGCUUUUUUAAAGAGAUGAGACCUCAGUACCUCCAAAAACACCCCAAGAUGAGCAACCAGGAGCUGACCAAAGUUCUGUCUGAGGAAUACAGGAAGCUGCCAGAACAGCUCAAGCUGAAAUACAGUCAAGAUUUCCAGAAAGAGAAACAAGAGUUUCAGGAGAAAAUGGUUCUGUUCAGAGAACAGCACCCUGAUCUAGUCCAGAACUCCAUGAAACUUGAUGUCCCCAAAGGAAGUCAAAGCAAAGUGCCAAAGAAGUUUCAGGAACAUGUCCAAAAAGUGAGGUCUCCCCCAGAAAACCAUUUACCCAUGAAAUGGAAAUUCCACGGAGAGCCCGAGAAGCCCCCAAUGAAUGGCUAUCACAAGUUCCACCAGGAUCUCUGGUCGAGCAGGGAGCUGAAAGUGGUGCCCCCGAGGGAGCGCAUGGUGGAGAUCAGUAGACGCUGGCAGCGGGUCCCCCAGGACCAGAAGGAGCUUUAUAAGAAGCAGGCGGAGGAACUGCAGACACAGUACAAGGUGGACCUUGAUCUCUUUCUCAGGACUCUGUCUCCUGAAGAAUAUUCUACUUACAGAGAGGUGACCUGUGCUAAGCCUAAGAACAUGAGUAUGAUGGGGGGCCCGAACCCCAAGAUUAGAAGGAUGGGUCUGCAGUCCCCAUCAUCAGGGAAUUUGCAAGGAAGAUUUAGAGAGGACCCGGUGCUUCAGGCUGCAGAGUUAGCAUCAUCAGACACGACUGGAGAACAUUCUCCUGCCUCAGGGAGAUCAGAGGAAAAUGAAGAAGAUGCAGAGGAGGAUGCCACUAACUCCUCAGACCAGUGCAGAGAAGAUGAAGACUGCAAAUUUGAAAGCACUGGGGAUGAAGAUGAAGAUUGUGAUGUUGAGAGCACUGUCUGUAACUCACCUUCCUAAGGGGACUCCUCUGACUCAGACUCCAAAAUUAAGUUUUUAUCCCUUAAAUGGUGGAACAGAGGACUUUCCAGCAAAACUCGAGGGAAUCUAGAGUUACCAAAGGGAGUGGAGUCUCCUCCUUGCCCGUUUCCCUCCCUCAACUGUGUUUCUUGGUAAACAAUUAUACUACCAGAAAUAAUGAUAAUAUUUAUACUUGUUAUACCUGAAAUUUAUUUCAUACUAUGUCUUGCCAUAUGUCUAAAACGAUGUUAAAAGUAAAGAUACGUUAUUGUCCUGACUGUGACUUUAAAGCUGAUGCUUCAAAGCAUUAAGGCAGGAUUUCCCCUGAUGAUGCCUGGAGACUGAGUCCUAGUACCUGCUGCUCUUGGGCUUCCAGGAGCACUUCCAGCCCUGCGCAUGCACUGCUUGAAGGCCAUGUUCUCCUUCAAGCCACUGCAACCCACUGAAGCCCGAACACACCUGCAGCUUGGCUCCCUGCUGUGUCUUCACACUGAGAACAGAGAGCAGGCAGGUAGCCACCUGGAGAGGGCAGGCUGACAUCACAGCAAAACCCGCUGUUUCAAAGAUGCUAAAUCUGAAGCAGCAAGGCUUUUGUCUGAAUUAUGCUGUCAAGAGACUUUCAUUGAUUCAGGAAAGUCGCUGCUGUGAGAAGCAAUCUAGAUCUCACGCAGACCCUGACCUGGCACUGCCGCUUGGUCUUCCAGCUUACACGACUGCGCACACUCCAGAAGGGACACCAUGUCAGCCUGCGGCCUCCUGCGUGUGGGACCGCGUUCUCCCGGGCGGUGGGAUCUGAGUACACACAGGCGCUGUUCCCGCUCAGCAAGGGAUGCGACUGCUGUUGCAGGAAGUCCACCCACUGUUGACCCUCCGUGGACAGAUAGUAGAGGACCCGCAAGGGAACCCCACUCAGAAAGUCUCUGUGUAUCUUCUUCCUGGUGCUCCAGGUAGGUGCUCCUGAUGCCAGGCAGGUAAAGAGCAUGAAGCAGCAACAGCAGUGCGUCUAGACCAUCUCCACACUGCGCCUGAAGAGAUCCUGCCGAUCCUGCCGAUCCAGCAAACCCACCAACCUCUCCACCCGUUACCCAAGGAGCAUGCGUGCACACUUGUCAAUGGGGAGACUGUGAUGCAUUCCACGCAAGCCAGCUACCGAGAGAAGGCGCAGAAGCACACAGACUUGUCCUCAUGGCUGGAGAAGCUUAAAAUGCUCGAUUGCAGCCCAUCCUCCUCCUUUCAAAUAAUCCUGAGUACACCAGCACGUACAGGCUGGGCAGAGGAUACGGGCCACUGGGCUGCAGGAGAUCUCCCAGGUCUGUUGGCUGCACCGGCAACGUUUCCCCCGCCUUCCGACCCUCCUAGCCACACAGCUCAGCUGCGUACCCUGCCGGGCCUGGCCUGUGUCUCUGCCAACGGCACGGACAGUGCUGAAGUCCAGUUCACCACAGCUUUGAGGCUCACCAAUGACUGGCAGCUGUGGGCCUUCAUUGUAACCAACCUGGUGAGCGGGUAUAUAAAGGAAGGAAACAGACACCCAGAGGGAACUGAACAGUUCGCUGGACAGGGUCAGUCCAGACCACAGCCUCGCUGUCAGCUCCCACUACCUCUGAGUGUGUGGCUUUUUUUUUACCUGUGUGUGCUCUUCUCCUUCUUCCAGAGCCGAUACAAGGAGUCAGACACGCUCUACAUCAUGUUUAUCUCUGUGUUUAAGCCUUUGCUUCUAGGGCAUUUUGUAUGUAGAGCAGUUUAAAUAAGAACCUUAACAUUUAUCAUCUGUCUUGAUAUUAAAGUGCUUGUAGUGACCACUCUGUUAUCUGUAUACAUGUAAAGUUAGGGACAAGCUCUUAAGUUUACAGUCAGAAAUUCAGUGUGUGCCUGUGUGCUCAGCCACUCAGUUGUGUCCAACUCUCUGUGACCCUCUGGACAGUAGCCUGUGAGGGUCCUCUGGAAUUUUUCAGGAAGAAUACUGGAGUGGGUUGCUAUUUCCUCCUCCAGGUGAUCUUCCCGAUCCAGAGAUCGAACCCAUGUCUCUUGCAUCGGCAAGUGGAUUCUUUACCACUGAGCCACCUGGGAAGCCACCCCCAAAAUUUAGUACUUGAUAUUUAAUAUUCCACUCUAGCUUCACAGAGGCCAACCCAAGUGUACAUGCAUGCGUGCAUUUGUGUGAACUUUGAGCCUCUCCUUCACCUUUCAGUUAUGUAAAGCUGUCGUAAAUACCAUCCCAAUUCAGUGCCUUGAAGUUUUUUAAUCAUAAGAAUUUAAAACAGACAGCAAGCAAGGCCCCAGGGAGCCAUUACAGCUAAAGUGAAGGUGAAAAUCACUCAGUCAUGUCUGACUGUUUGUGACCCCAUGGACUGUAGCCUACCAGGCUCCUCUGCCCGUGGAACUAUCCAGGCCAGGAUACUGGAGUGGGUAGCCGUUCCCUUCACUAAGUGUUUAGGAAAAACAGAUAAAUAAAACUCCAAAGCUUUACAGGAAUGUGAGGAAGCAGCAGAAAGAUUCCUGUGGGCAGGUGAACCAUUGAAAGGAGUCGGACCCUUUGUGUGCGUCUCCCACUUCUUCCGACUGGUUGGGGUGGCCCUCAGGGCCUGCGGUUCUUGGGGUGCUGGUCCAGGAGGUGUCACGCUCUGUCACAGACCCAGAGCUGCCUCCCCUCCUUGUUGGGUCCUGACAGUCACCAUGACUGAAGCCAGGGUCCCUCCUCUGGAGUCAGCACUCCUUGUCCAACUUACUGGGAAUACAGGCAGGGAAAUUGGAAAGGGCUGCCUGGCACAGUGGGUAAAUCUGUUCGCUGCCUGGUUUUUGUUUCCUUAAAGGUUUUUUAAAAUAGGUAUUGGGUUGGCCAAAAAGUUCAUUUGGGUUUUUCCACGACAGCUUAUGGAAAAGCCUGAACAAAUUUUUUGGCCAACCCGAUAUGUUUGGCAUUGUUGUUGCUGUUCACUCACUGUGGUGUCCGACUCUUUUCGACCCCGUGGACUGCAGCAUGCCAGGCUUCCCCGUCCUUCACUAUCUCCUGGAGUUUGCUCAAAUUCAUGUCCAUUGAGUCAUGUUUGGCAAGCUGUCUUUUAAUGGGUUUGUAAUGUCUCGUGUUUUUAGCAGCCUGUAUCUGUAGCUGGUGCUUUUAAUUAGGAAAAAAAAAUGUAAAUAAAAAACAUUGUUUAAAAGACAUAACCAUAGAACACAACUUCUCACUUGUGGAUUUUUUUCUGUGUAUUCCAAGUAAGAUAACUUGAAGCAGCCAAAAAAUAAAGUGAAGUACUUUCCCCCCCCCAUCUAGAUCCUUGUAGGUGCUUUUGUUAUUGUGGUAAAUAUAAAAACACAGUUUCAUUCUCAUGACUACGAGGAAAUAUCUGUACUUAAAUGAAUUCUAAAUGGUUGAAAUGCUGAAUGUAUUUGGGAAACUAUGCUGCAAAUUAUAUGAUUUGCUUCUCUGCUCAAUAUGAAAUUUGUAAAAUUAGCGCCAAAGACAUGAUUAUUUUUAUUUCAAAUAGCAGGUAAUAUAGGGGGCUCUUGCUAUUAAGAUGUAGUAAGGUUUAUUGAAGAAAAGUUAAAUUUUACCUAACCUCCUUCUCCUUCUGCCUCUGUAACUCAGCUUGCCCCUUGCAAAGUCUAGAUCACAUAGGUCACGUAGUCUCAGAAAGUGGGGACUUACAAUACUAGGAACUGGACUUUACUCACUUACCCUUGUCCUGCUCUUUGCAGUCACCCAGCCCCUGCAAUCCUGCUUAAUCAUGCCUAUCCAUGUCAGACAUCACCCUCCCCAUGCUGACCAUUGUUCCUGUGUGUGAAACACCUUGUUUAAACCAGCCUAUUAGCAGCUAGUGUUGCCUACUACACUCUGUCUAUAAAAACUCUGUAAUCCCUUUGUUCAGGGCUCAGAGCUUGGAGUGUUAACUCCUCUGUGCCCAUUGGUGUAAUAAACCUGAGUUGUCCAACUCUC